GUUGUGUAAAUGUUGCAGGAAUGUUUCUGGUGGAGGGUGUGGUGGUGGUUGUUAGAUAACUCUGUGAGGACGCCAGCGGCGUUCUCUCCACCUUGAUCUGAGCUUGUGGUCGGGACACGGCGUCCUUCCUCUACAUCAGCUGUGGCGACAGUGGUUGAGGCUCACUGUGGCGUGGCGUGGCGUUGGGGGGCGUGGUCUGAGCAGCCUCAGUGUAGUGGCGUUAACGUCUCUGUCUUUGUCUUUGUUCUGCAGAGCGACUCAUAAUCCAGAGCGAGACGACUGACAGCCUCGCCUAGAGCCGGCCUCCGAUCAGCCUUCAUCAUCAUCAUCAUCAUCACCAUCAUCUUCAUCACCACACACCAGCAACCUGAGGCUCCCACCGCCACGCUAUCACCAGCCGCACGAGCACAACAACACGUCAUCUAACUGUGUGUUGCUUCCUGCUUGCAGGUGACAUCAGUUGCAAGGGGAUGACCGAGCGCAUUCAUAACAUCAAUCUCCACAACUUCAGCAAUUCUGUACUUGAGACCCUCAAUGAGCAGCGCAACCGUGGGCACUUCUGUGACGUGACUGUUCGGAUCCAUGGAAGUAUGCUGCGAGCUCACCGCUGCGUGCUGGCUGCUGGAAGCCCCUUCUUUCAGGACAAGCUGCUGCUGGGCUACAGCGACAUCGAGAUCCCCUCGGUGGUCUCGGUGCAGUCCAUCCAGAAGCUGAUUGACUUUAUGUACAGUGGGAUCCUGCGGGUGUCUCAGUCCGAGGCCCUGCAGAUCCUCACCGCCGCCAGCAUCCUGCAGAUCAAGACCGUCAUCGAUGAGUGUACCCGCAUAGUGUCCCAGAAUGUGGGCCUUGCCGGGCCCGGAGGCUUUCCCGUUAUACCAGGAGACUCUGGUCAGGAAACACCCCGCGGCACGCCAGAGUCCGGCACCUCCGGGCCCAGCAGUGACGCAGAGUCCGGUUAUAUGCAAGCCACAUCCCAGCAGAGCAUGGAUCGUGCAUACACUUCGCUGUACUCCUACCCCGGACUCCUGCAGAACGGCACCCGCGAGCGCCUCCUCUACAGUAACCCUCUGACAGCAAACUACGACCCGGCUCUCAGCACUCAGAAGGACCACCAGUCUCAAGAUCCGCCCUGGAUGAGCCGCAUCCAGGACAGAUCCCAGCAGGUGGAUCGCUUCAUCUCCACAGCAGAGUCCACCCACUGCCGCAAGCAGCCGCGCCCGGUACGCAUUCAAAUGGGGGGGAUGCACAUCAAGCAGGAGGCCGAAGACGAGUUCAACUGCUACGACAACCUGGUCGAAUGCCCGGACGACACCGACCACACCGAGGGCGUGGAGAGCGAAUCCAAGGUUGAAAGUUUUGACUCAGGGGUGAGCUCCAACAUCAGCACUGAGCCCGAUGCCAUGGAGCAGCAGCCGUACCUGACGGCUUUCAGCCGCGACGUGGGCGGUGACAGCCAGCAGGGCGAAGGAGGACCGGUGCACAUAGAGGUCAACGACUCAUCACCGGAGCAGGUCCAGGACACGGAGGACGGGGACACGUCCCACAGCACUAGUGACAGUAGCAUGAUGCAGCCCCUGCAAAACUCAGUCAUGUCCCAGUCCCUGCCGAGUGCCCCGCACUACAUGCGCCAGGCAGAAUCUCACACCAGCAACCUGAGGAUGCCGCUCACCGUGACCAGCAACUCCCAAGUGAUGGGCACCGCUGGAAGCACCUUCCUGCCCACGCUUUUUCCCACACAGCCGGCCAGAGACAACAAGCCUUUCCUUUACCUUCCCGGCCAGCAGCAGCCCCAGUUCGUGGCAGUGCCGUCCCCCGCGAUGCCAUCAUUCCCGAACCCCAUGUCGGUACAGCAGGCGCCAGCCCAGCAGCAACAGGCUGCAGGAGGACUGGGUCCGGGGGAGAAGAAGCCCUAUGAAUGCACUCUGUGCAGUAAAACCUUUACUGCCAAACAGAACUACGUCAAACACAUGUUUGUCCACACCGGUGAGAAACCUCAUCAGUGCAGCAUCUGCUGGCGCUCAUUCUCCCUGAAGGAUUACUUAAUCAAACACAUGGUGACCCACACGGGGGUGCGGGCCUACCAGUGCAGCAUCUGCAACAAGCGCUUCACCCAGAAGAGCUCCCUGAACGUCCACAUGCGGCUGCACCGCGGAGAGAAGUCGUACGAGUGCUACAUCUGCAAGAAGAAGUUCUCCCACAAGACCCUGCUGGAGCGCCACAUGGCGCUGCACAGCACUGGCAACGCCAUCACGGGCCUAUCGGGGAGCGCCGGCACCCCGGGCCCGGUCUCCAUCCCCAUCCCCAUGGCUGUCCCUGAACCUGGAGCCGGAGUGGUGGCCCUCGCCAUGCCGGUGAGCGGAGGCGCCGGUGUCGGGGCCGGGGUCGGAACGGGAGUGGGCGUGGCCGCCGAAGCGAGCUGCCAAGAAGGGACCACCUAUGUGUGCUCCGUGUGCCCCGCCAAGUUCGACCAAAUGGAGCACUUCAAUGACCACAUGCGAAUGCAUGUCUCCGAUGGAUAAGUACUAACGAUAAACUUCUUUAAAGAACGACAAAUAAAAUGGCACUAGAUUUUCCUUUUCUUGUUUUGAGGUAUGAAGAGUAUCGAGUAUAGACACUGGCACAUUAAGUUUCCCAAAAAAAAAAAGAUUUCUGUUUUUGUUUCUGUUAUUCUAAAAGAAAAAAAAAGAUGGUGGCCUUAAGGCGUCGUAGUUCACCGAUCUACUGGAUGGAUCGAACUACUCGCCUCUAAAUGUAUGCUUUCCUAAAAUACUGAUUUAUGUGUUGAACACUACCGAAAGGCCUACGAGAGAAACACAUACACACAAACACACCUUCAGUGUAGAUAUGUCUGAAUGAACUUAAGUGUGCGUCUGUCUGUGCAUGUGUGUGUGUGUGUGUGUGUGUGUGUGUGUGUGUACACUGCCAUGAAACAUACGUCAUGGCGCUUGUGAACCCGUUCUGACCAGUUUGGAAACUAUCGAUGUCCAAGCUUACUGUGGUAUCAUUAAUUAAACAAUAAUUAAAGUCAUGUGGGGUGGGGGCGGGGCUACAUACUCCCUCUAAAAUACUGAUGGUCACAUGAUUGCCUUCUCAUGUCCAAAAAAAACAAAGCAGUUAAUCUGACAGUGGAUUUCUUUCCUCUGAUUAACACAGCUGUUAUCACGGUACUGAAAACUUCAAAUCUUCUGUUUUCUGAUCAUUGUCGUUGACUAAAUUAAUGAAUUAAUUAAUUAAGGUGUGUUGAUGAGACAGAAUUUGAGCAAAAAAAAACAAACAUUUUUUUCUGAAGUUUGGAGUUUAACUCAUUUGCAUACACUGCCACCAAUAUCUUCAGACUGUUAAGGCUAGUGGACCUCUUCCAUUUCAGACACGUGAGAACAGAACAGCUCGUUUAGCCUUUAGCCUUUAGCCUCUCGUUAGCUCACAGUUCUGGCAGGCGGCGAAUGCGACUAAACUCUCUCCUUCAUACCUGCUGCUCUUCAACUCGCACCUGACUGUUAUGAUGAACGAUGAUUAGUUUGUUUGAAUCUGACGAUUGGAUUAUAAUAUUCGGGGAGGGGGGCGGGUGUUGUAGGCUUGUUGUUGAUUGGUUCAAUGUUAAAGAGGGUGGGGUUUAAUCUGAAAUGAACUCCCUGUAUGACAUUCAGCCCUGCUGCAGAGCUGAAUGCAUCGCUCUGCAGCGGGUUGAAGGAAACACAGCGUGAAACUAAACAAGUAGCUCCAUCGAACGCUCGCCGUUUCCUGAAAAUCCACAGACACGUCACGGACACGUCACUGACGUCAUGUCACAGACACGUCACAGACGGACUUUCUACACGAAACAUACAUUCCUGAUUUUCUAAAGUCGACAGCAGCAAGUACAGAACAGAUUUGGAAGCCAGUGUGCGCAAGUUGUCAUCAUGCAUCACUUAACAGCUUAAAACUCAUUUCUGAUAUUUCAAAUGUUUUUUAUUCAUAAUAGGACACACACACACACACACACACACACACAUGCAACUGCCUACAACUGCAAUCUGAAGGACGAGCUCGUUAGUGAGCCGACACUUUCAUAGUUGUUGUUAAAAGAAUAACAGACGGCGGUCGGACGACGACCUGCUGCACAUUUAAAAGAAAAACAAAAAAGUAAAAAAAUAGUGCUACUUUGCACAUUUUCUUAAAAUGCCUGUGCUUAAAUAUUUAAUCAUUUUCCUUCGAUGAACUUCUAUAAUUUUGUUUUAUUCAAUUCAAAGAAAAAAAAGACAUUUUUUUAAACCUUGAUAAGUGGACUGCAUUAUUUUCUUGCGUAUAUGUUGCACUGCUUAAACCAAUAAGUGCACUACUGUUAACAGAGAUAUUCUAGUUUUAGAGCAGAGGGUUUGUUUGAUUAACAUUUGGUUGUUUGUAGAGUAGAUUUGUUUCAAAUAUUCAUAAUUAAUUAAUUAAUUCAGCGUUCUCAGCUUUCUUUGCAGUUUCCUUCAGUAUAUUCUCGUGCCGUGUUGAUGCAAGUGUUCAUUUUAUUUAAUAUGUUUCAUGACGUGUGCUCAUGUAUGUUUGAACAUUGUAUGUUUGAGUCACGGAGUCAGCUCCCGAAAACACGGAUUCAGUUUUUACAACACGAGAACAUGACAGUAAUAAACAGCUCAUUAGUUAUUCAUUAAUUCAUUAAUUAAUAGAGUCUGUUAUGAAUAAUGAGACAUUUAUAAUAUAAUAGCGUGUGUGGAGGAUGAAUGAUCUGUGUCCGAAAACAAUUAUGUGUAAGUGUCUGUAGUCUGUCUGUGAGUGUCUGUAGUCUGUGAGUGUCUGUAGUCAGACUGUGAGUGUCUGUGAGUGUCUGUAGUCUGUCUGUGAGUGUCUGUAGUCUGUCUG